GUCAGUGUCGAUCGCACGCCGUCGUAACCGCCGCCACCGCCACCGCGUGACUUUUCUGGAAUUUCGCCGCGACGUUCCGUACCGCUAUUUCUGCGCCCCGCGAAAAGCGUCAUUUCUCGGUACACACACACGCACACACAUUAAGGGUAGUAUUAUUAUGAUAUUUUUUCAAUAAUUCGAAUACGAUAUCAAUGUACGAUCUACGUACACCGGAUCUAUACCUACAUACCUAAAAUAAUUUAUAUAUAUAUCGAUAACGUAGUUGUUGGAUAUUAUAAUAAUAAUAAUGUAUAUAGGCACAUCGCGUCCGCGGUUGAAUCGUGCGUGCGCUGCACACUAAUCUAUUAAAAAUAAUAUGUUGACAUGUAAUAUUACAUUGCAUUGCACUCGUACAAUAUUAUAUUGUGGCAUCUGCAAAUUUUAAGUGUAUACGACUGCGGUUAUACAUAAUAAUAACGACGAUGAUAAUAUAUACAUAUAGGUAUACGCGCACAUCAUGAGUAUAGUAUAUGCCUAUAUAUAGAUCAAUAUAAAUGUACGCGACGAGUGCGCCGAAAUUCAAUAUAAUAAUAUAUAUUGCAUAGAGUUACCUAUAUACAACACACGCGCCGCAUUUAUAAAUAUAAUAUACCUAUAUAUAUAUAUAUUGUAAUAUUACAUCAGUGAAUUAUGCGGCGGCCACCGCCGUCGAUGCCUCCGCCGUCAUCGGCGACCAUCGCUACGGCUGUGCGACUCCGACUGCAGUGACGAUCGGCAACCGGCAGCAUUUGAACACUGCGACCGAGACGACGAUGGUCACGUAAUUAGGAUGCCGCGGCCGUGCAGAGAGACGUACGGCGACCAAAAGCCGCCGUACAGUUACAUAUCGCUGACGGCCAUGGCCAUAUGGAGCGCUCCCGAGAAGAAGCUACCGCUGUCUGACAUCUACAAGUUCAUCAGCGACCGGUUCCCAUAUUACCGGAAGAACACCCAAAGGUGGCAGAACUCGCUGCGGCACAAUCUGUCAUUCAACGACUGUUUCAUGAAGAUUCCCCGGCGACCGAACCAGCCGGGUAAAGGGGCGUACUGGACCCUGCACCCGCAUGCCCUAGAUAUGUUCGAGAACGGAUCGUUUCUGCGUCGCCGCAAGAGGUUCAAAUUGCCGGCCGCCGACCGGGCGUUGUUGGAAGCUACGUUCGGCAGGCCGUCGUCGUCAGCCGCCGCCGCCGCCGCUGACUUUGAUACCGAUUCGCAGCCACUGCGCCCAUUGCCGGUCGGACUUCAGCUGCCGCCGCCACUUCCACCCUACCGGAAUAACAAUAUUGUUAUGUCAGCGGACGGAGCGACAUCGCCAAUCGGCACCGAACAGUCGUUGUCACCGCCGUCGAUCCACACAGCCAUCGGCGGCACCACCGCGGCCGUCGCGACCGCCACAUCAAUGGGCAACCACCUGCACCGGCAGCACAAGCCCAAACCGUUCACCAUCGAGAGCAUCAUCGCCCCGGGCGGCGCCUGCAGACGUCACUCAUCCGAUGACGACCAUCAUCACCACGACCGAGACGGCCGCGGUGACGAUGAGGCCGUGCUACCGGAUGUCGCACGGUCGUCGUCGUCGCCUACGCCACCGCCGCCGUCACGGACCGAACGACCUCACCGCCGGUAUCCGCCGCCGGUGAGUCUGCUACCGGGACAACCGCAUCACCUAGCCGACCAUCACCAGCAGCAGUUCCUCCACAACACCCACCAUCACCAUAAUGGCGGCGGCAGCAGCAAUGGAUACGCGGAGUUGUACGCGUACCUAAUCCAACAGCAGUCGUUCGCCGUGGCCACCGCGGCCGCAGCCGCCGCGUCCAGCAUAUUUCCCGGGCCGUCCGCCCCACUGCCGCCGUUCCACUACAUGCCGCACCACCACGUCACCACCGCCGCCGCCGCGGCCGCCGUCUUGCCACCGUUCCCGCAGCUGGCCAACUUUACAAACCUACACGACUGCGGUACGGUUUGGAAACAAUGGUUGGACCAUUAAAUUUUGCGAAGAGGAGACGAGACGAGGCAUGAAACUUAUUUUCCGUGUUGUAUAACUGUUUCAUAUAGACUUUUAAAUGGUAUAUUAUAUCAUGUACAUGUUCAUACUGUUGUAUAUUUUAUUAUAGCAUUUUAAUAUUAAAAUAAAUGUAUACAAUAUAAAACAAAUUAUAGACGAAAAACUUUUAUGAUUAUUUGUGUUUAUAGAAAACAAUAAUAAUAUCGUAGCUUUAAUAAAACAUUAUGAUGUAUAACUUACUAUAGUAUCUAGAUCCUACCUAUAUUGUAUGUCUGUAUAUUAUUAUAGUGCCUAUUGUAUUUUAUGAAUUAAUGUUGUCCGUAGUGUUUUAAUGAUGGUGUAGAUAACUCUGCCAGUUGUUAUUAAUUCUAAAUAACUAUUUAAGAAAAUGUAUUCAAAUAUAAUAAUAAUAUUUUAUAUUAAUAUGUUUUUGCUUCAAUUAUAAAUAAAAUAAAAAAAACAUAAAUAAACAAA